GACACGCUCAGCCCCGGACACGCUCGGCUCUGCGCGCCCGCGACAGGCACCGGGGCAAGGGAGCGGCGAGCGCGGCACAGGCCGCCCAAGCAGGGGCAGGGGAGGCCGGCCGGUGCAGCGCGCCGACACGUACUCAGUCCGACUCGGGCUGGCACUGGCGGCUAGGGAUGUCGUCCUGGACGAGGUGGCAUGGACCCGCCAUGGCGCGGCUCUGGGGCUUCUGCUGGCUGGUUGUGGGCUUCUGGAGGGCCGCUCUCGCCUGUCCCACGUCCUGCAAAUGCAGCGCCUCUCGGAUCUGGUGCAGCGACCCUUCUCCGGGCAUCGUGGCGUUUCCGAGGUUGGAGCCUAACAGUGCAGACCCUGAGAACAUCACCGAAAUCUACAUUGCCAAUCAGAAAAGGUUGGAAAUCAUCAACGAAGAUGACGUUGAAGCUUAUGCAGGACUGAAAAAUCUGACAAUCGUGGAUUCUGGAUUAAAAUUUGUGGCUCAUAAAGCGUUUCUGAAAAACAGCAACUUACAGCACAUCAAUUUUACCCGAAAUAAACUGAUGAGCUUGUCUAGGAAACAUUUUCGUCACCUUGACUUGUCUGAGCUGAUCCUGGUGGGCAAUCCAUUUACAUGCUCCUGUGACAUUAUGUGGAUCAAGACUCUUCAGGAGACUAAAUCCAGCCCAGAAACUCAGGAUUUGUACUGCCUAAAUGAAAACAGCAAGAAUAUUCCCCUGGCAAACCUGCAGAUACCCAAUUGUGGUUUGCCAUCAGCAAAUUUGGCCGCACCCAACCUCACUGUGGAGGAGGGAAAGUCUAUCACAUUAUCUUGUAGCGUUGCAGGCGAUCCAGUUCCGAAUUUGUACUGGGAUGUCGGUAAUCUGGUUUCCAAACAUAUGAAUGAAACAAGCCACACACAGGGCUCCUUAAGGAUAACUAACAUUUCAUCUGAUGACAGUGGAAAGCAAAUCUCCUGUGUGGCAGAAAAUCUUGUAGGAGAAGACCAAGAUUCUGUGAACCUCACUGUACAUUUUGCUCCAACUAUCACAUUUCUCGAAUCUCCAACCUCAGACCACCACUGGUGCAUUCCAUUCACUGUGAAAGGCAACCCCAAACCAGCGCUUCAGUGGUUCUAUAACGGGGCCAUAUUGAAUGAGUCCAAAUACAUCUGUACUAAAAUCCAUGUUACCAAUCACACGGAGUACCAUGGCUGCCUCCAGCUGGAUAAUCCCACUCACAUGAACAAUGGGGACUACAAGUUAGUAGCCAAGAAUGAGUAUGGGAAGGAUGAGAAACAGAUUUCUGCUCACUUCAUGGGCUGGCCUGGAAUCGAUGAUGGUGCCAACCCAAAUUAUCCUGAUGUAAUUUAUGAAGAUUAUGGGACUGCAGCAAAUGACAUCGGGGACACCACGAACAGAAGUAACGAAAUCCCUUCCACAGAUGUUGCUGACAAAAGCGGUCGGGAACAUCUCUCGGUCUAUGCUGUGGUGGUAAUUGCGUCUGUGGUGGGAUUUUGUCUGCUGGUGAUGCUGUUUCUGUUGAAGUUGGCAAGACACUCCAAGUUUGGCAUGAAAGAUUUCUCAUGGUUUGGAUUUGGGAAAGUAAAAUCAAGACAAGGUGUUGGCCCAGCUUCAGUUAUCAGCAAUGAUGAUGACUCUGCCAGCCCACUCCACCACAUCUCCAAUGGGAGUAACACCCCAUCAUCCUCAGAGGGCGGCCCCGAUGCUGUCAUUAUUGGAAUGACCAAGAUCCCUGUCAUUGAAAAUCCCCAGUACUUUGGCAUCACCAACAGUCAGCUCAAGCCAGACACAUUUGUUCAGCACAUCAAGAGACAUAACAUUGUUCUGAAAAGGGAGCUAGGCGAAGGAGCCUUUGGAAAAGUUUUCCUAGCUGAAUGCUAUAACCUCUGUCCUGAGCAGGACAAGAUCUUGGUGGCAGUGAAGACGCUGAAGGACGCCAGCGACAACGCCCGCAAGGACUUCCACCGUGAGGCGGAGCUGCUGACCAACCUCCAGCACGAGCACAUUGUCAAGUUCUAUGGUGUCUGCGUGGAGGGCGACCCACUCAUCAUGGUCUUCGAGUACAUGAAGCACGGGGACCUCAACAAGUUCCUCAGGGCCCAUGGGCCUGACGCCGUGCUGAUGGCCGAAGGCAAUCCACCAACAGAGCUGACCCAGUCCCAGAUGCUGCACAUCGCCCAACAGAUAGCCGCGGGCAUGGUCUACCUGGCGUCCCAGCACUUCGUGCACCGAGAUCUGGCCACCCGCAACUGCCUGGUCGGUGAGAACCUCCUGGUGAAAAUCGGGGACUUUGGGAUGUCCCGGGACGUGUACAGCACUGACUACUACAGGGUCGGUGGCCACACAAUGCUGCCCAUUCGCUGGAUGCCUCCAGAGAGCAUCAUGUACAGGAAGUUCACCACAGAAAGUGAUGUCUGGAGCCUGGGCGUCGUGUUGUGGGAGAUCUUCACGUACGGCAAACAGCCCUGGUACCAGCUGUCCAACAACGAGGUGAUAGAAUGCAUCACUCAGGGCCGAGUCUUGCAGCGACCUAGAACGUGCCCCCAGGAGGUCUACGAGUUGAUGCUGGGGUGCUGGCAGCGAGAGCCCCAUAUGAGGAAGAACAUCAAGGGCAUCCACACCCUCCUUCAGAACUUGGCCAAGGCAUCUCCAGUCUACCUGGAUAUUCUAGGCUAGGGCCCUUUCCCCCAGACCGAUCCUUCCCAAAGCACCUCCUCAGAUGGGCCGAGAGGAUGAACGUCUUUUAACUGCCGCUGGAUGCCAUCAAUCUGCUGUUCUUCACUCCGACAGUAUUAACAACAAAGACACCGAGAGGCUUUCAGAGGGAAGCCAUGUGCACUUCUCCAUCCGUAGACACAGUAUGAACUUCUUUUUGGCAUUGUCUCUUUCUCUCUUUCCACCUCCCUUGGUUUCUUCCCUAGUUUUUGUUUUCUCUUUUCUUCUUCCUUUUUUUUUUUUUUUUUGGUCUUUUUUCUUUUUUGGUCUUCCUUGCUUCAUAGCCCUUACCCCUUCUUUUGAAUCAAUCUGGCUUCUGCAUUACUAUUAACUCUGCAUAGACAAAGGCCUUAACAACCCUAAUUUGUUAUAUCAGCAGACACUCCAGUUUGCCCACCACAACUAACAAUGCCUUGUUGUAUUCCUGCCUUUGAUGUGGAUGAAAAAAAGGGAAAACAAAUAUUUGACUUAAACUUUGUCACUUCUGCUGUACAGACAUUGAGAGUUUCUAUGGAUUCACUUCUAUUUAUUUAUUAUUAUUACUGUUCUUAUUGUUUUUGGAUGGCUUAAGCCUGUGUAUGAAACAGGAAAACUUGUGUUUAAUCUGGGAAGCCUUUAUCUAUGGGAGAUUAAAACCAGAGAGAAAGAAGAUUUAUUAUAAACCAUAGUAUGGGAGGAACAAAGACAACCAUUGGGAUCAGCUGGCGUCAGUCCCUACUUAGGAAAAACCCAGCGACUGUUAGCUGGGAGGAAUGUAUUCG